UCUUCCUCACUUACCCCCCUCCCCUGCGUGGUGCCCUAACCUAGAACACAUCCCAUCUCACCUCUCUCUUCUCUCACCUAACCUCAAGCUCGUUGCCGGCUCCUCAAGCUCGUCGCUGCCUCAAGCUCGCGUCGCCACCUCAAGUUCGCGUUGCUGCCUCAAGCUCGCGUCGCCGCCUCAAGCUCGUCGCAAGCCCUGUCGCGCUAAGCUCGUCUUCCUGCUUCGGCCAUUAACGCUUCCUCCGCCGUGAGUCUGGGUUUAGGGUUUCAGCUUCGGCCCAGGUAUUUCAUCAACGCUUGCUUCGUCUCUCUGCCUAGAGGAAUAUUUAAUUCAACACAGGACUAUGCUUCUUCAUUCGAUGGAGAUGGCCAUGGCACAUUUUGAUUCUGAUGCAUGUAACACAGGCAUACAGCAGCAGGAAACCAUGGGAUUCCGGUGAUUGUUACCGGGCAUCACCUUGGGAAUGCUAGUGGGAUGGCUCCUUGUUCACGAGCUGGUGCGCUGCUCCGUUCUCUCUCGAUCACUACUCCGCUGAGUCCGUUCAACUCCUGCGCCGCCUCCAUUCUCCAUUUGAAGCUGGUAAUCCCCUCUUAAACAUUUCUUGGGUAGCCACAUGUAUCACUCUGCAGAUUCAAAGCCUCCAGCUAUGGAUUCACCAGUGACCCUUUUGAUUAAGCACCUUCCCGAAGCUAUACCUCAUGACACCCUUUCUCGGCUCUUAUCUCAUUAUGGUGCUUCCUCUCUUCGUCCGUGCUCUACUGGAAGGUUGAGGAAUUGUGCUUUUGUAGAUUUCAAAAAUGAAAUGUUGGCAUCUCAAGCACAACGUCAACUACAUGGGUUGAGGCUUCUUGGUAAAGUCUUGUCAGCAGAGAGAGCUAAUAAUCCAAUGGAAAGUGGCGAAAAAGGCAGUGUAGCUCAGCUGGGAAAGGAGUCUAAAGCGUCUGUGGUUAAAGAUACAACUGUAACCAAAGCUAUUGAUGGAGAUACAAAAUCAGGAUGUUUCCCUGUUGCCGAGCCAAUUGCUGAAAGACUUGGUGUUGACUAUCCAUUUCCACCUCACCUUGAGUAUGCUUACCCUCCGCCGGAUGGAAAUAUAUUGACCAACAUUGUUAAUGCUCUGAUUGCUGUUCCCCGAUUUUACACUCAGGUUCUACACUUAAUGAACAAAAUGAACAUUCCAGCUCCAUUUCGUAUGGCAUUGCCAACACCGCCAUUACCUCCAGUCGUGCCAACACCACCACCUCCCCCUCCUCCGGUACCUUUGAAGCCUCAGUCUGCAGAUCUGUCAAGUGGUGAAUCAGAGAUGGAAUCUUCAGAAGAGGAGGUAGAGCCAACAACAGAAAAGCCUAAUAAGCGUGCCAGGCAUGAGACAAUUAUUGGCCCUGCCAUUGAUAAAGAUGUAGCUCAUGAGGAUGUUGGAGUAAAACCAGCCACCUUAGUCCCAAAAGAAAUCCCAUUAAUCAAGAAGAAGAACCCUGUUUUGCAGAUCAAUAUUGCUCCCAAAGAAAUUAAGGAUGAGCGUAAAAAUGAUGACAGAAGCCAAGAUUUACAGGAGCCAGAAAAAGAUAGUCCAGAUCUACAUAAAUUCUUGACUCCAGAAGAAUUAGAGAGUGGAAAAUUGCCUCCUGAAGAAAUAUUAUCUCUUCCAAUGUUUAAGAACUAUACCACUGGAAAUCCGGCUCCUGUGUUGUAUAUUAAGAAUUUGGCAAAAGAUGUGGUUGGUGAAGAUUUUUUUUUAAUAUUCGGGUGCUUGUUUGGAAGUAUUGAGACUGCCAAGUCUUGCCUUCAUGUAAAACUGAUGCAGGAAGGAAGGAUGAGAGGUCAAGCAUUUUUAACAUUCCCAUCAAUUGAGCUGGCUCAUCAGGGACUGAAUCUAGUGAAUGGAUAUGUAUUUAAAGGCAAGCCAAUGAUAAUCCAGUUUGGUCGGAAUCCUGGUGCCACUAAAGGAACUUGAUUCUGUGGGCACAGGAGGGAUGCACCACUAGUUUUGUGAUCUCAGAUCUGAGAAUCGCAUGAGGUCGUUUACUCAUCUCCCCUUGUCUAAAUGUAAAACGAUAGAUGGCUAAUGCUGCACCUUUAUGUCGACCGGGAGAUGACUCUGCUUUGAACUACAUAGCUCCAGACGACAUUUUGGAAUGUUUGUGAUAUAGCAUUGAUCUUGAUGCUGCCAUUUGCAUUUCCCAUGGAAGGGAGAUUCCGGGUUGUAAAAAGUUAAAAAGUUUACUUGUAUGAUGAAUGUUAUUAAGUUCCGCAAGAUAGGUUUGUAAUUUGGAUUAAGGUUACUAUAUUUAAGCACUGAUGGUAUUGCUUGUUGCUAUAGAAUCUUCUACAAAGGAUAAGCCAAGUAGAAUUGUUGUUUCUAUAAGCCAUCGUUAAUUCGUUACUGGUACAGGAGACAACUGAGGAAACACUCAAUAGAUUCUAGAUUCUGCACUUUGUGGCAUGUGGUUGGUUAAAUUUAGCAUACAAAACAUGAUGCUUAAAUUGUAGAUUUAGGGAUAUAGAGCUGCCUCUUUAAAUCUUUGCUUCUUAUAGAUGGAUAAAUGGACCCAUAACAUUGUGGGAAAAGCACAGUGGGCAGAAUAUAUUAAACCAAAAUUGGGGAAUAGUUUAGUCUUUUUGAUGAAUUCAGUUCUUCAUUUCCCCCUGA